GUACAUAAAGCAUAAAAUUUUUUUUUAUAAACGGUUCGACCCUUACUGUUAUAUAUCGCAAUAAAUCUACAUAAGCAUACAUAGCAAUGACUGACAGGAGUAACUCAAAUAGAAUUAUAUUAUAUUUAACGGCUCAAGGAUCUCGAAGCCCAAUAGAGUGGUAGAGAAUUUAGAUUACAAAGAUCCGGACUCAGAUUCCCAAUUAGGCAAUGCGCCUAACUUAUCGAUAACUGAUAUUAAUGAAUUAAUUUACGAAUAAUUUUUAUAUUACCAUGGGGAAAGUCCUUUAAUUAACAGUAAUAGAUACUCAUAGAAAGGAUCGACUAAGGUAGAUAUGUAUAUUCCAAAACACUACUUAGAAGAAGAUUGGGAACAGGCGCAAUAUCUUAUUGAACACUAUCCCUUGGCAACGGUAGUCACUUCAUUUGGAGAAGAAGGUAUUAUUGCCAAUCAUUUCCCAUUAUUGUAUAAGGAAGAUAAAGAGACAGGAAAGAAAUACCUCAUUGCCCAUAUAGCUAAAAAGAAUCAUCAGAUACCUUCAUUGCAACAAAAUGAUGAUAUUCUUGUGAUAUUUCAAUCUCAUAACUCCUACAUAUCGCCCAGUUACUAUCCAACUAAAGCAGAAACCCAUAAGUUUGUACCUACGUGGGAUUUUGCUAGUGUUCAUAUUAAAGGUAAAUCUAGAUUGAUUGACGAUUUCGAUUUUGUCAGAGAUCAAUUAAAUGCUUUGACUACUCAACAAGAAAAAGGUAGAGCAGAACCUUGGAAGGUUAGUGAAGCCCCUGAACCAUAUUUGAAAGCCAUGCAAAAGGCUAUUAUUGGGUUAGAGAUUGAAAUAGAUAGCUUCCUGUGUAAAUACAAAUUUGAACAAGCUAUGCCUAGAAAAGAAAUAGACGGAGUAAUUAAAGGUCUUGCUGAAGAUAAGUUACCAGAAGUAUCGGAAUUAACCAAGACUGCCAAUGAAAGAGCUGAACUUAAAAAGUCUAAAGCAACAAAUUGAUAUUAGUUAUAUUUAAAUUGAUUCUAGAAAUACAUAAACUU